CCUAAACUGCAAUUUGAAAUCCACCUGUUUCUUCUUUAUAUGACUUUGCGCAUCAAAAUUUUCCACCGCAGACACACACAAACACCAUAGCAUAUUAUCAUCUUCUUGGAUUUUGCUUAAUCGACUUAAGAGGCCUUCGCCUACUGCGUCACAAUGACUCGUGGGAAUCAAAGAGAGAAGGAUCGUGAAAGAGCUAAUGCUCGAGCUGGUGGCAAAGCUAAGGGUAAAGAUGAUGGUUUGACCCCUGAACAGCGCCGUGAGAGAGAUGCAAAAGCGCUUCAGGAAAAACUGGCGAAGAAGGCAGCUGGGGGGAGUGGUGAUGCUGGAGGUAAAAGCACCAAGAAAUGAUGGAACUAUUUGGCUUUCAUGAAUCAUAUGAAUCUUUUGUUGGAUUCUUUACUGAGAGUAAAUUAAAGACAGAAGUGUCUCAUGUGUUUGAUCUAUGUGUUACUUCAGUGUAUGUUUUAAUUCAGUUGGUCAUCUGAACAUGAUUGCUCUGUUUUAAGAGAUAUAUUUGGUAUCAUGUGGUUAUUUCGAAGAUCGAUAAUUACUUAA